CUGCUGGUGAUAUAUAAGGGUCUGUAGCUCUUCCUUAGGAGUCGGAGGACGAGAUUGUCUGCAGCUGCCUGCAGCCGCUCUGAGCCCUUCCACACAACUGAGAGGCACAGCAACCAUGAGCACAACCAUAGAGAAAUCCUUGGAGAGCAGGCUCCAGCAGCUAAAAUGCCAUUUCACCUGGAGCUUGAAAAAGAGAGAGGAGACCGUGGAUGAGUUUGAGAACAGGGUGUUUAACAAGGUUGAAUUUCAGAACAGUGAGUGUAAAGCCACAAUGUGCAACAUCCAGGCCUACAUCAACCACCUCAGAGGCCAAAACAGGGCAGCACUGGAGUGUUUAGAGGAUGCUGAACGUUUCAUCAAGAAACAGCAUCCUGACCAAGUAGAAAUCAGAAGUCUGGUCACCUGGGGAAACUACGCUUGGGUUUACUAUCACAUGGGCCAACUCUCAAAAGCACAGGCUUAUCUUGAUAAGGUGAGAGGGGUCUGUGAGAAGUUUUCCAGUCCCUAUAGGAUCGAGAGUCCUGAGCUUGACUGUGAGGAAGGAUGGGCCCGAUUAAAGUGCACCCAUAACCAAAAUGAGAGAGUGAAGGUGUGUUUUGAGAAGGCUCUGGAAAAGGACCCGAAGAACCCAGAAUUCACCUCUGGAUUGGCCAUGGCAAGCUACCGUCUGGACUACUGGCCAGCAGUGCAGGACUCUAUUGGUUCCUUGAAACAAGUUAUUAGAUUGUCUCCUGACAACUCUUAUCUUAAGGUCCUCUUGGCACUGAAGCUUGAGAGACUGCAUGAAAACCAAGGACAGAAACUAGUUGAAGAAGCCUUAAGGAAAGCGUCAGGUGCGACAGAUGUGCUGCUCAGUGCUGGAAAGUUUUAUUACAAGACACAUGACAAGAAGAGAGCUAUAGAGCUGCUUACAAAGGCUUUAGAAUGCCUGCCAAAUAAUGCCUAUGUGAAUUACUAUAUGGGGUGCUGCUAUAGGUCAAAAGUCCUAGAAAUAGCUGACACAAAAGAAGCUGAAUUGAACAGGAAUCAAGAGAAGUUACAGGCACUAACAAAGCUGGCAAUUAAGUACUUAAGGAUAGCAGAGGAGACCAAGGCGAUGCUGAAACAUUCCUGUAGCUACCUUGCUGGACUUUAUGCCAUUGCAAAGCAGUAUGAAGAAGCUGAAUAUUACUUCCAGAAAGAAUUCAAGAGUGUUCUCACACCAAGCAACAAACAAUUGCUCCACCUACAGUAUGGCAAUUUUCAGUUGUAUCAAAUGAAGUGUGAAGACAAGGCCAUCCAUCAUUUUAUGGAGGGUGUGAAAAUAAGGCAGGAGACGAAAUCUAAAGAAAAAAUGAAAAGCAAACUUCAAAAAAUUGCCCAAAUACGACUUAGAAAAAAUAAAUUUGAUUCUGUGGCCUUGCACAUCUUGGGGUUUCUUCGGGAAUUGAGUGAAGAAGGCCAGCAAGCUGUUAAGGACUCUGAGAAGGUGCUGGACUCUGAGAAGGCUGCUCCUUCAGCAUCUUUGCAUGAGGAAGGUGAUGGAUAGGAGUGAGACGAUGCUCGUAGUACAACUGCUAUAAGGAAACUGAACCAUUACCAAGUCCAUUCAAAGUAUUUAACAGCAUCAUGGACUGAGCACAGACUGGAACCCUGCUCUCAAAUGUUAGCACCUGAAUUGCUGGAUCCAAAAGAUCUCCGAGAGAGGACCAGCUGUAGACAUAGAUACAGGAACCUGGCAAACAGCCUAGAUCUCUUUCUAUUUCUUAAAAAUAGUUCCCAUGGUAGCAAUUCGUUAAUCACCCUCAUAGGAUGCUUCUCUUGGGUUUGCUUCUGCAAUUAUUCAAAGCAGCCAAUUUCCUCAAAUGGGUGAGUUUUCCAUCCUUGAGUUAUUUUAGCUGUAACAAUGUUCCCUGUUACUUUAAAUAUUAAAGGGUUUUGUAUGCACUUAAGUCAAGCAGUAGACAGCAUUUGAAUUUAUUUGUUAAUAAAUAACACACGAUAGAACAUUGAGCAGUGUUCUGGCUGAAUAGAAAUUUUACUGUCCUCUCACUGUCUUAGACUUCAGUACUAAUAAUAAAGAGUGGCAUCAAUUCUUUUGCAGCCUGAAGUGUCUGUUCUUUUUAUAUUUGAUGUCUGAUAUCUGCACAGGGACACACUUGAUCUUGACUUUUAUCCUGUUUCCCUUCCUGUUGCAGGGACAAAACACAGACUAAAACAACUUGAGGGUCUAUAUAGCUAACAAGUUACAGUCUAUUGCUGAGGGAAGCCCAGACAGGAAUUCAAGGCAAGAACCCAGUCAGAGACCCUGGAUAGAUUAUAGGACAUAGCUAGACCACAUGUUCAGGAAAUGGCAUUCCUCUCCCUAAGGCUAUACGAGGAUGUGACAAUUUAUGAAUCAGACAUGAAACCUGUGAUGCUGAUAUUUCUGGAGAGGGGAAUGUGGGAAGGAACCCAGAAAUGCCUGCACUCUUCCUCCAUUUCUAGAGAGGAGCUAGGUCACAUGACAUUCCUAGGCCUCAGAUACUUCUCUGAAGGAAAAUAGCAUCAUUGUGCCUUAUACAACCUUGAACAGACUGGACUGUGACUAAGGCUUCUGUGAUGAAAUGUAAACUUGUGUCU